AUGGAUGCAUUUAGUGGGUUCUGUGUAGACGAGAAGUCGGUCCAGGUGGAGAACAUCUUCCUGGAAUUCCUGAGGAGGUAAUUUUCCUUUCUUCUUGGAGUUCUAGCUUUCUUGGCUUGCCAGUGGCAGCAGCGUGAUCUGCUUGAUCUUUGUCUCACCCUGGUCAAUGGAUCCCCAGGUUUAAAGAUCACCAGAACUCCAUCGAACCGUUUUACGAGUCGGAGAUCGAGGCCAUGAAGUCCAAGGAAUCCACUACUAUGUUCGUGGAUUUCUCCCACGUCAUGCGCUUCAACGACGUCCUCCAGAAGGCUAUCUCUGAGGAGUAUCUCAGGUGCCCGUCUUUGCCGGUCAUGUGUCGAACGGUUCCAUCCCAAUUUGAGAGGCUUAUGUUGGGAGAAUCCCUUCAGUCAUUCGUCAUCGUAAUCUUGGUCUUAUUUAGAUUCGAGCCAUAUCUGAGGAACGCUUGCAAGAGGUUUGUGAUGGAGUACAAACCUGCAGACAACAGGCCCACAUUUUUCUUGGACGAUAGCCCUAACAAAGACAUAAACGUAGCUUUCUACAAUAUCCCGCUGCUGAAGAGGUAUUAUCAGCAACCGUCUUGACCACUUACCCUGAUUUCUGGGCCUAAAGUUUGAUUUCUUCUAAUUUCCAUUUUAUUUUACUGAAGACUGAGGGAGCUGACGACAUCAGAGAUCGGAAAACUGAUCUCUGUCAUGGGGGUUGUUACGCGUACAAGUGAAGUGCGGCCUGAACUCCUUUCAGGAACUUUUAAGUGCUUAGACUGUGGAACAGUCGUAAAAAAUGUAGAGCAGCAGUUCAAGUACACUGAGGUGACCCUUGAAUAUAAACAUAUCUUGCUAUAAUCCUCCUGGCCACAGUGAUUUCUUUAGUUGCGAUUUGUUCAUACUAUUUGAAAUAUAUUGUACCUUUCUUCCUGAUUGAAUUUCUGCUUUAUUCUCUUUUAGCCUAUAAUAUGCACGAAUGCUACAUGUUCAAACCGAAGUAACUGGGCCCUGCUCCGGCAAGAGAGCAAAUUUGCAGAUUGGCAAAGAGUUAGGGUGCAGGAGACCUCAAAGGAGAUACCUCCUGGGUCUCUUCCCCGUUCCUUGGAUGUAAUCCUCAGACAUGAGAUUGUCGAGCAGGCCAGGGCUGGAGACACGUAAUCUAUUCUUUUACUUUUUCUCUGGCUCUCCGGUUGAAUUCCUAUCUCUUCAUUUUUAAAGUUCGUUACAAUAUUGGUACGUGCAGAGUUAUCUUCACAGGCACCUUGGUUGUGGUGCCAGAUAUAAUGGCACUAGCUUCCCCAGGUGAAAGAGCAGAGUGUAGACGUGAAGCACCCCAACGACAAAAUGCUAUUGGUGGGCACGAAGGCGUGAAGGGUCUUCGGGCUUUAGGAGUGCGAGACCUUUCCUAUCGUCUUGCAUUUAUAGCAAAUUCGGUGCAGGUCUGUCUGACAAAUAUUGCAUUACAGGGUUUACUUUCAAAUUUUCCUGCUUUUAUCCGUUCUUCCUCUCAUUCUUAAAUUGUGUCAAUCGUUUUCUAGGUAUCCAAUGAUAGAAGAGAUAGUAUACGGGACAGGAGAAGGGAUGGUGAUGAUGAUGAUAGACAGGAGUUUACGGUAAUUUGAGUUUUUUUUCUUCUCGAAAAAUAUUAGGCCGGCUCGUGACAUCUCAAUGACAAUGCGUUAUAAAACAUUGAAUGUAAUAUUUUGAUAUGUCCUUGUGGUUGCGUUCGCCAACUAGCCCAGGGAUUCUUCUGAAAAUCAAGGACUUUGCACCUGAGACUGGCUUAUUACUCGAGAACAAAUUGACAAAACUUACAUUCUGAUGGAUAUCUUCUGAGCAUUAUGUUGUUCAUUGCAUGAACCGUGGUUUUGUCCUUUUUUCUGUAUAUUCUAUAGCUUUGUAUGAAUAGCCAUGAUUGUUAUAUAUGUACGUUUUAUCUAUCUUGCACAACAUAACUAUGCACUGUUACUUCUGCAUGACACUGUGGAUCUGUCUCAUUCUUUUCUCUUCUUUGGUAUACAUUGGAAUAUCGACAUCUAUAAUUUUUUCAUUCCAGCAAGAAGAGGAGUAUGAAGUUUUCCGGAUGAGGAACACUCCUGAUUUCUUCAAUAAGAUAGUCGACAGCAUUUGUCCAACUGUUUUUGGUCACCAAGAAAUCAAGAGAGCAAUCCUUCUUAUGCUUCUGGGUGGUGUUCACAAGUUUACUCACGAAGGCAUCAACCUAAGAGGAGAUAUCAACGUUUGCAUCGUUGGAGAUCCUAGUUGUGCCAAGUCCCAAUUCCUCAAGUAUGGUUACGGAUUUUGUGUUUUACUUAUUUUACACUACUGUGCCACUUUAGUUCCGAACAUGACCUCUUACAUUGAAAACCAAAUACAAGACUUGGCCUAUUGAGUUACCAAUUUUUUACGGCUACCCACAAUGCCAUCGUAUAGGUACACAGCCAGCAUUGUGCCGCGUUCUGUCUACACAUCUGGGAAGUCUUCUUCUGCUGCGGGAUUGACAGCAACCGUGGCCAAAGAGCCAGAAACCGGGGAGUUCUGUAUUGAGGUAGUUUUCCUUCUAGAAUGUUUCAACUUUUCCUCUGGGAAUGCAACGUUUUCUGAGAAUCUUGCACUCCUAAGCUUGAUUCGAUGAAAUGAUCUAGUGCUGUUGGUUCAUGGUAGUCGAACAUAAGCAUCUCCAUCUAGUACACAGCACCGUAUUCUGGUUUUAGCAGAAAGUAAUUUGAACGUUAAAGUGAACCUUUAUUCUAAUCUUCCACAGGCAGGUGCGCUGAUGCUUGCAGAUAAUGGUGUCUGCUGUAUUGAUGAAUUUGAUAAGAUGGACAUUAGGGACCAGGUAAUGUAAUUAUUUUUUCUUGGUCCAAUUGAGAUUUUGGACCAAUGAUAAAAUCUUGAAAAUGAAGGUUGCAAUUCACGAGGCCAUGGAACAACAAACGAUCAGUAUUACAAAAGCUGGAAUACAAGCCACUCUGAAUGCCAGAACAUCCAUCCUGGCAGCAGCAAAUCCAACAGGGGGACGAUAUGACAAAUCAAAACCACUAAAGGUAAUUGUUUCUCAAAUAGUGACUUUACCUUUCACAUACCCAUGCUUCAAGCCUUCACUUUGAUAGAAAUAAAUGGCUGCCCAUCAUGUCCGCGAUACCAUGGUCUAUUUAAUAUAUGCAUACACAUUUAGCAUCAUCAGCUCUUUUCCCUUUUAGAUUAGAGAAAAUGAGUCAAUAACUUGAAGGAACUAAAUCAUGAGAAGUGAAUCUGAUAAAGUUUAUCAAUCCAGUACAAUGUAGCUCUGCCUCCAGCCAUCCUCUCGAGAUUUGAUCUGGUCUAUGUCAUGAUUGAUGAGCCCGAUGAUAACACGGAUUACCACAUUGCACACCACAUCGUGAGAGUUCAUCAGAAGCGGGAAGAUGCGCUUGCUCCGGCAUUCACUACUGCAGAACUGAAGCGAUAUAUCUUAUAUGCCAAGUCCCUGAAACCAAAGGUUUGCCACUCCUGCUUUUCCAGAUAUCUUCACGCCGGUGAGAUCUUAACAAAGAAAUGCCUUUGCAGCUAAGCUCAGAAGCUAGAAGAGUACUUGUCGAGUCCUACGUUGCUCUGCGAAGGGGUGAUGCAGCUCCUGGAAGCCGAGUCGCUUACCGGAUGACAGUGAGACAACUCGAAGCAUUGAUCAGAUUAUCAGAAGCCAUUGCUCGAAGUCACUUGGACAAAGUGGUAAGUUAGCCAUGUGCUUGAAUUUGCUUCGUGGCUACUGAUCAACAUCUGUCUUCGUCAAUUAUUGCUGCAUAUAACCCACUGAACCCGUCCACCUCCGACCCACAUGAAAAUGUCCGGUAUUUUCAAUCACUUGGUUGGGUGCCACGUCAUAUAAUUGCCUAAUUAUAGCAAAUUUACCAGUUUGUCUGCACUAAAACCCGCAAGCAUGGAGAUAUCUUUCUGCAUCUGUGGGCCUGAAUUGAUUUAUUUUUGCUCCUCAUCUAUGCAGGUUCAUCCACCUCAUGUGCGCAUGGCAGUGAGGCUAUUGAAGACAUCCAUAAUCAGGCAAGAAGAUUAGAAAACUUACUGCGGCUGCUGCCCCACAUCGGUCACAACACCUGGAAGGCCUCACGCCAUGUCUUUUUCCCCCCUUUGUAGUGUUGAAUCAAGCGAGAUUGACCUCUCCGAUUUCCAAGAUGACGAAGAUGCUGCCGCGGUUCCUGAUAGAACGGACGACCCAGCCACUCCUGCUGGUACGGAGCCAGCCGCAGCAGCGACUGAAGGUGAACAGAAGUCAAUCAUCCAAUGGAAUCAAAUCGUCUUUUCCUCUGGAAAGUCAAACCCUCUAAACCAGAACACUUCUCCGCAGAUGGCGGCGAUGAGCCGGGCGGCCGACCGAGGAGGAAGAUAACGACAACGGAAGAGCAUUUCCAGAGAGUUACUCGUGCUCUCGUCUUGCGACUGCGCCAGCACGAGGAAUCAGUGGCACGGGAAGGUAAUGUCGAUACCAAGAAGCGUAAACUUACUUUCAGUGAUUCCCGUGGAUGAAGAGUAUGUCCCUAAAUAUCGUGUGAGAUUUCAGGAAGCGGCCUGGCUGGAAUGAGGCAAGGCGACCUCAUCGUCUGGUACGUGGAGCAGCAGAAUGCGCUGGGUGUCUACAGCUCCGUGGAGGAGGUGAAGAGGGAGGUCGAAUGCAUCAAAGCCAUCAUAGAGGUAAUAAAAAACCCUGGCCGCCGUUGACCCAGAGCUUCCUACCACACCGUCUCUCGUCAACGUUGACUUAUUAACAUGGGUCGUCGUUAAAUGCCGGUCAAUGUAGAGCUUGAUUCAAAGAGAAGGUCAUCUGAUUGUGAUAGACGACGGCGGCGGCGACUCCGGGGAGGUGCCCAGGCCCAUGUCCUCCAGGGAGAGGAGGAUCCUCGCGGUAGCCCCCAACUAUGUCGUCGAUUGA